CGGUGUUGGCGGGCGGUGCUGAGGGGUCCCGCGCAGCCUCGACAUGGCGGCCGCCGCCAGCUGCUCGCUGCGUGCCAAGCGGCUGCUGCUGGAGCCCCGCUUCGAGGGCUACAAGCUGUCCCUGGAGCCGCUGGCCUGCUACCGCCUCGGGCUGGCCGACGCUGUAGCAGAAGUGAAACUCCGUGAUGAUCAAUAUACCCUUGACCACAUGCGUGCUUUUGGCAUGUAUAAUUACCUUCACCUUGACUCCUGGUCCCAGGAUAAUGUCUACUAUGUUGAUCAGUCUGGAAGGGUUAUGAAUUUGUCAGUGACUCUGGACACUGCUCUGCAAAAGCCAAGAGAAGUUUUUAGGCUCCCUACAGACUUGACAGCUUGUGAUAAUUGCCUUUGUGCCUCCAUAUACUUCCCAUCUUCCACAUGGGUUACCCUUUCUGAUGGAGCAGGAAGACUCUAUUUAAUCAAAACAGGCAAGCGUGGUGACAGUGCAUCAGAAAAGUGGGAGAUUGUGUUUAAUGAAGAACUAGGCAGUCCAUUUAUUGUAGCACACAGUGUUUCAUUUGUAAAAUCUGGUACUCAUUCAGUAGCUGUGCUGCUGCUUAGGGUAGAAAAAGAUGAAUUGGACACAAAAGGAAGUGGAUUUCAUGUUACCUUGGAAUGGGUUACAAUUGCAGAGAUGAGCAAAGAGGGUGAUCAUCAAUAUGAAAUCUGCAGAAAGAGAGUUUUACAAGGAAAAUCAGUCCCCCAUUAUGCAGCAAUAGAGCCAAGUGGGGAUGGUCUAAUGAUUCUUUCCUACAAACCAUUCAAAUCUAUACAAGAAGAAGAAGAAAAGUUAACAGAAAAUGAUGAUGCAAAAACAGCAAAUGAAAAGAAAGACCCUCUCUAUUACUGGCAGCAGACUGAAGAUGAUGUGACAAUAACAAUUCACAUUCCUCAAGACAUCACUAAGGAUGACAUAAAAGUACACUUUUCCCCUGAGAACAUGUGUGUCACACUGAAAGACCAGCCUCCUUUGAUGGAAGGAAACCUACAUUCUUCUGUGGACCAUGAAAGCUGCACAUGGAUAAUUAAAGAGAACAAAAGCUUGGAAAUUUCUCUAAUUAAGAAAAAUGAGGGACUCCAAUGGCCAGAGCUAAUAAUUGGUGACACGAAUGGGGAACUCAUUAUGGACCCUUCCCAAGCCACUGAAAUGAGUGAAUGUCUGAUGCAUCUGACCUCCGAAGAAAUGAAUCCAAACCCCGAAAAGGAAAACCCACCUUGUAAUGCACAAGAAUUAGAAGAAUGUGAUGCUUUUCUUGAAGAUAGUGCAACUUUAUGCAGAUUUGAUGGCGAUACCCUACAGGUCACUCAUAUAAUUAAUCUUGGAAGCAACCAGUAUCUUUUCUCAGUUGUUGCGGAUCCCAGAGAAAUGCCUUGCUUCUGCCUGAGGCAUGAUGUUGAUGCUCUUCUUUGGCAGCCUCACCCUGACCAGCCAGAAAACAUGUGGGAACACAUUGCAACUUUUAAUGCUUUAGGUUAUGUACAAGCAUCAAAACAAGACAAGAAGUUCAUGGCUUGCGCCCCAGACUACUCCUAUUCUGCUCUUUGUGAGUGCUUGCGGCGAGUUUUCAUCUAUCGCCAGCCAGCUCCUCUGUCCACAGUUCUCUACAACAGGAAGGAAGGAAGACAAGUAGGACAGGUUGCCAAGCAGCUGGUAGCAACCCUGGACGCCAACGAUCCCAUCCUAGGCUUUCAAGCUACAAAUGAGAGAUUAUUUGUUCUCACAACAAAAACCUUGUUUUUAAUAAAGGUGAACACUGGAAAUUAAUUACUGAGUAUACUCUGCUGCAGCUAUGUUUAUGUUUAAGGAAUUGGUAGGUGAAGGAUCUGAGGAGUUCAGUAUGUUUUGCUGAAGCUUAAAGGGAUUUUACAGGGGAAUAUUUUUUUUUUUGUUGUUAGAACUUGUCUGUAAGUCAGUGAGAAAGUUUUUCAACUUUGCUGUCACUGAACUAAGCUUUUUCAGAGACAGAAAAAUGCGUUUUGUGCUAGCAGCUUACUCAAAGUGAUUUUCAGAGGCUGCUAUUUGCAUAGGUGAAAUAGAUUUAUGCAUUGUUUUUUCCAAAUGUCUCUUUGCCGCACUUCUAAAAUUUGAGAAUUCACUUCUGUUUUUAAUGGACACUGUUUACCUCUGAAAGAAGUAAUCGGGUAUAGAAAAUAAAGCCUUCAGUUACAAAUGUAUGGUGUGGAAAAUAAAGAGUAUGUAUCAAAGAAAAAGCUACAAAUUCAAAUACUGUUGGCCAAAAAAUGAUCGAAUAUUUUGAUAUUCAAUAACAUUGAAUGGAAUGUCAGUGGAAUGCAUGGAGUAUUGUUUUUUACACAGUUAUUUAAUUAAAGUGGAAUGAUUUCAUUGUAUAUCCAAUAUGUAAAGUCUGUGACUUACUCAUGCUUGCAGUGGAAUCUAGUCACAUUUUAAGAGAUGUUGGAUAGCUUGUGGUAGGUUUUUCUUGGAAGAGAAUCAGGGUGACUGCAUAGCUGGUGACAACAUAAUGAAAGGUACAAGUCAAACUCUCAUACUCUCAACUUGUUAUUUUCAUUUGAAGAACUUAAGUGACUAAUUUGCAAUUAGAAAACUGCUAACGGGAAAUGUACCUGUAUUGUAAAAUGAGAUGGGAAACUCAAAGGUUCUGCUUCUGCCUUAAAUAAUGUGAUACCACCCUAAACAAUGUGUUAUUUGAUAACUAUUUUGUCCCUGAUGUACAAGUCCAAAUGUGGUUAUGUUUCCAAUGUAAGAGUAUGAAUAUGGAUGCUUUAAAGCUGCUGUUUACCAAACUGGCAUGGUUGAUUUUGUUGAAAAGCUGUAUUUAAAGAUUUUUGUUUUUUAAUUUAAAGUGACCAUGUCAAUACAGUUAAACCAAAAAGGGUCAGUUGUGACAGUUCUACUCCCCACCUUUUUUUUUUUUUUUUUUUUUUCCUCUCCAUAAUUUGCUUAUAACUCCAUAGCAAAGAAUGCCUAAUGAAUAUAUUGUGUACUAAAGUUGUCAUGACCUGUGGUACCGGAGUACUGAGACAAACAGUGUGUCCCCUAGUAGUUUGCAUCUCUGUCAGUAUUAUUUCAGACCUCUGUAAGAAUCUUCUGAGAAGAAAGUGCAUUCCUUUUUUUAUGGACUAUCAGGUUUUUGGCUGUGGUUGUUUUGACUAUCCCAUAAAUUCUGCAGACUUGUAUCAGUGAAAUGAUUAAAUGAUAUGGUGGCCAUUAAAGGGGGAGACAAGCAGUUUUCUUG